AGAGCGGGGCGGGGCUUAUUUUCAGUGCGCAUUUGCUCGACGCCAUUUCGUGCACUCGUCUGUUGGUCGGUGUCUACUGAACGAGCUGGUACGGACUGUAUCCACAAAACAGUACAGCACCGAAUUUUAAUCAUUUUUAGUCUUAAACUCCCGUUUUUGAGCCAGCUUUUUUGACCCACGUCAAUCCAAUCAGGCAGACAGACGACUCGACCUGAAUUACAGACAGAAUGGAUCAUUCCCCCACAACCAGCAGCCUGAUGGCCAGUAACGUCACCAACAAGACGGAUCCGCGUUCGCUGAACUCCCGGGUCUUCAUCGGGAACCUCAACACCAUGCUAGUGACCAAGGCUGAUGUGGAAGCCAUCUUCAGUAAGUACGGGAAGAUCGUGGGCUGCUCCGUGCACAAAGGCUUCGCGUUCGUCCAGUACGCCAACGAGAGGAACGCCAGAUCGGCGGUUGCUGGUGAAGAUGGGAGGAUGAUCGUUGGACAGGUGCUCGAUAUUAAUCUGGCUGGUGAGCCAAAACCUCAUCGGUCAAAGACUAUUAAACGCUCUGCAGGAGAUAUGUACAGUUCUUCAUUUGAUCUGGACUAUGACUUUCAGAGGGAUUACUAUGACAGGAUGUACUCGUACCCGUCACGCGUUCCCCCGCCCCCUCCUCCCCCGCUGUCGCGAGCUGUGAUCCCGUCCAAGCGCGCGCGUGUGAGCGUGAGUGGUGGCGGCAGCCGUAGGACCAAGAGCAGCUUCUCCUCCAAGAGCAGCCAGCGCACCUCCCGCACCAUGAGAGCUGAUGAUCUACAAACCAUUAAGAAGGAACUGACUCAGAUUAAACACAAAGUGGACUACCUGCUGGAGAGCCUUGAGCGCAUGGAGAGAGACCACAGCAAGAAAUCAGAUGUGAAGGGUGCUAAACCAGAGGAGGUGUCACCCCAGCACUCCGGCGGGAAGAAAGAGCGCGAGAGCACAGAAAUGAAUGACUACGAGGAUGAGGGAGACCUGCUGGAGGAAGAGGAGAUCAAGAGUCGAGGAAGGGAGGAUGAUGAAGAGGAGGAAGAGGAGGGUGAGCAAGAGGAAGGAGAGGACGAUGGAGACAGCGCCAACGGAGACCAUUCUUAAACGCGACAGCCACGGACACACAUGCAUGCUCACCGUGAGACAUAGAGUAGAUCCUCUGACCCUUAAUUCACAGUUAAUGUUUUAUUUCAUAAGUCCAAAACGAUAAGACACUGUGGAUCAUGAUAACGAAUCUCUGCUUGACAAAUGACGUUUUUAGACUGAUCAAAUGCAUGAAACCCUGAUUACAACCACCUUACUGUGAGAUCUCAGAAUUCUUGCAUUAAAAAAAAACAGCCAAAUGGUAAGUUUUCUGCUUUAGAAUUGAUGCUUUUGGCUGUAGUGAAAUCUCUCUAAUUGUUGUGACGUUAUUGCACAAGUUUGCAGUGAACUUACCAUGUUAAGCUGUUUUAAGACUGGCGUUCUAAAAGCUUGAAUGUGUUUGCAUAAGAUUUUGAGGAGGAACUGCUAAGCUAGAUGUGUUUUGAUUGGAUUUUACCAAAACAGUUGGUUAUAGGUUGUGCGUAGCUGAAGGUUAGCGCAAAAAAAACUAGUUUUGUUGAACAAACAGCUGACAAACCCUUUUUGUCAAAAAAAAUAAAUAAUCAACGUCCUAAACAAUUAAUGUUAGUCUACUGGGUGGUUCAGUGGUUUAGUGAUUGACAAAUUGAUAGGGCCAAUCAGAAUGCAUCACAUUUAGAUACUGGAGAUCUUAAAGAGACACUAAUGUGCAUUUUGUACCUUGUCAAUUGGUUUGCACCAACCGUAUUCUGCCAGUACAAACAAAUUGGAUUGUCAAGCCUUAAACAGUUGCUUUCCCACUUCAGACACAUUCAGGUCCUUCUGUUUUGUUGUUUUUAAAGUUUUCAACCGCUGAUAAUAACGGUGGCUGGAGUUUGAGAUCAUUCACAUUUUAAACCAGCCUGUGCAGAAAGAAUCAAAUACUCAUGAAUGUCUUUCUUCACCAGUGCUUUUGAUGUUUCUUGUGGUUGUGAAACCCUUCUGUGCAGAUCCUAAAAGCACUGUUCAUUGUAGUCCUCUUCACCAACACAUACUAGACAAUUAUUAGAUUGGUUUGGCUUGUAACAGUCUCAGAUGACUCUCAGAAGGAGUCUUGAAACUCUUGAUGGACCCUGAACUAACUGAACUCAUGCAGUAGGUGAAGUUGAGUUCAUUCACAUGUGUGUGUUGGUUCAAGCACAACAAUGUUCCUUUAGGACUCAUUUUGGGAGUAAAUGUACUACUCGUCCUGACCAGUGGGUGGCAGUGUGGCCCAGUUCUGUUAUUUAACCUCUCAGAAAAACUGUAUGAUUGAUUGGACUGAACCUUUUUUAUAUUCCAAAAGGGGUUAGUGAGUGUGUGAGAAUAAGUUUGGAUUGUACAGUCAAUGUAAUUUUACCUAUCAGUUUGUAUUUGUGUUCAGUCAGUGACACUAAGAGGUGAGUUUGCUUCUGUUAAAUACAAGAUGUGUUUGUAGCUGUUUUUUCUUCAUUUGUUCUGUUUGUCUUUUGUUUAGUCUGUGUAUUAAGUUUCAAUAAAACUACAAAUGUUCAUGA